GUUUUGAGUUCCGGCUGCGUGAAGAAGCAAACAUGGCGGCCGAGGGAGAUGUGGAUCUGGACCUGGAGGCUGAGGAGAACUGCACGGGAAAACCAACAGAAAAGCCCCGAAAACAUGACAGUGGAGCUGCUGAUUUGGAAAGGGUUACCGACUAUGCGGAGGAAAAAGAAAUAUCCAGCUCGAAUUUGGAAACGGCCAUGUCCGUGAUUGGAGACAGAAGAUCCAGAGAACAAAAAGCAAAACAGGAAAGAGAAAAAGAACUAGCCAAAGUAACAAUAAAGAAGGAAGAUGUGGAGCUAAUUAUGGGCGAGAUGGAGAUUUCACGAGCGGUGGCGGAGCGCAGUCUGAGAGAACACAUGGGCAAUGUGGUGGAGGCGUUGAUUGCACUGACCAACUGAGUGGAGCGGACCGUUUUGAGAUGUAUGGACACAUUGGAUUGCCUUUUUCCUGCCUGUGAUGACCUUUCCUUUUCACACUGUACUUAUUCUGUAAUAAAAACCUUUUUAAACGGUC